GUAGAUUCCAGUAGACCUACCGUUUUAUUCUCGGUUUUCUCCCACAGGCUUUUUCGAUCUAUUAGAGCUGACUGGAGCGGGGAUCCUCAUUCCGGAAGGCCGCCGCGUUCAGGGCCGUGACUUCUUUUUUUUUAUCCGCACUCUAUGUCUGCUUGAUUUUUUACUGUUGAAAGAAAAUGAGAGACUCUGAUAAAUUUCGUUAGAUUCACAAAUUCUGCACGACAUGGCGCGCAAAAAGGAAGCCAAAGCCCAAGGUCCUUCCAGAGAUCAUUUGCAGACUUAUCAGCGAAUGAACUUUUUAUACCAAGCGUCAGCUUUAAUGGCGGCCACUACGGCACAGACACAACAAGAGCCCCGUUCCAAGUGGAACGAUAAUCGGACCCGAUCGCUUAACGGUUUGGGACGCUAUUACAAUAGUACAAUGCGAAAGAUGGCCAGACGAUUGGUGAUACGACUUGAUCCGCAUGUAAAACGUAGCAUAUGUAAGCGUUGUGAUACAAUGCUGCUUCCUGGUAAAACAUCUGCGGUUCGGAUACAACAUCAACCGGAAACCACUACCGUUACGACGUGUUUAAUCUGUAAUACACAUAAAAGGCUGAUUGCCCGCCCCGAUUACGAACUGUUCAAUGACAAGGCCGAAAUCCGACCCGAUAUGGAAACCGAAGCCGUUGAAAAAGCCGAUGCAUAGCUUGCAACAUCAGCUUUUUAUCCUGUUUGAUGAUCUCAAGGACACUGAGGAUAGGCGUAUACCCAAUGGUUUUCAUACACUGCACAAGUCUGGGAUACAACGUUUGCAUUGACAUGCGUUGCUAUUACUUGUCAUCUUUUUACGUUUCCAUUUCAUUGUAAAGUAUUUUAAAUCACGUGGGGGAAGGAGAUUGUCCAUCCGCAUGAAUCAUUCAGACAUAAAGUUGACUAUCAAUGUAUGAUAUACUGUAUGAUGCUCGUACAUAAAUCAAAAAG